AUGCUCACCAUGGCGAGUCUCGCUGACGUCGCCCACGGCAUUUUCAUGCUGCAGAACGAUGCCGCGAACCUGAUCUGCCAGAAGCUGCUGCGCAUCCCACACCCUUCAUUCGACGCAAUGAACGGAGUUCUUGCAGCUCAUUUGGCGUCUUCUUUUCUGGCGGUGGACGAUGGCUCAGCGUGUCGAUCGGGCAGGACGCUUGACCCUUUGCGUGAAAUCUGCGAGAGACUAUGCCAACAUCCGGCGUACAAGCUUUUAGAUAUCAAGAUGGUGCCGCUGAUGCCUCACCGAUCGAAGAAAUUCAGCACACACUCCUGGACAGGCAUCGUGAAGCAUUUACACCAGAUGCAAGUUGCCAACGCGGCAUCUGAAGAAGGUAUCGACUGGGAUAUUUCUUUAACAACCGACCACGGGAGAACUUUAAACCGGUCAGUCGGUAGCAUGCUGAUUUUACGGGGCAAAAACUCGAUACAAGCUGAUCCACUCACCUUCUCGGACCCGCGGAUGUAUGCUCCAUGGAAUUCGGAUCCAUUUCGGUGCUAUUCUUCCAACUCGAACUUCAGCGCCUACGACAAAACAGGGACUCUGAUCAGCAAUUCGAAAGCUAUGCUGCAGACUCUAGCGAUCACAAUGGAUAAGGCCUACGAUAUGUUCUCACACGGCGCGUAUCUGCACCAAUAUGAACGCUUCGGCGUUGACCGCGACUUUUUCCAAGAAGCUUUCCUGCGAAUCGAUCAAAUUACACAGAACUACUCCUCGCUCUGAAAUGGCAUCGAGACGCUGACCAAGCACGUUGUUACCGAACAUGCAAGUGUCUCGAAAACCAAGAAGGAGAGAUCACAAAAACAAGGAAGUAAAAACUCCUGGUUAUUCUUCAUUUUUACGAGGACGCUUCUCAUUUGCCUCUUGGACAACACAGACAUGGUGUGGGGCUCACGGCUCCAGAACGGACAUCAUUUCGAGUGGCUCAAAUGUCUCCAAAAGUGCGAUGACGCUGUCAUCCAGUUCCAGCUCGCCUUCUUGCGAAACAAACUGACCGUGGCUGUCGAUGUAUUCACCCUCGUGCUUUAUGGCCUGGUUGACGCCGGGCAUAUGUGACGGCGCUGCGGCGGACGGGUUGUGCACUUGCUUCGUUCCAUACGCGGGGCGCGGAUGGUCGCUUGUGACAAGGACUUCACUCUCGGACUUUUUUGUGGGGCUGGCCGCGGCCUCCGCUUUCCGCCUCCGCGCGAUCUUCUCACGGUAUUUUUGAGCAUGCGUCAUGGUCUGGCGCGUGGUUCGAGUUCCAAUAUGUGCAGCGAUAGUUUUCCACGGACCCGACGGGUAACAUUCGAGUGCUUCCAAGAACAGCUCGUGCUCUUCGAGAGUCCAGGGCGUACCAGCGCGCUUGGUAGGUAGUGAACGGGCUUGGUCCUGGUUGGGUGCCAGUCGAAUGAGCUCUUGGUCUUUCUGAAAGUACUGACUCUGGACGCGCUGGGUGAUGGUCAUACCAGUAUCGAUGGAGGUGUAAUAGAUAGGAAUGCCGUGGGGCGGACCGUGCUAGUGCGGAUGGUGAUGUCACUUGGAUGACAAAUGCAAGAAUGAGCAAGAUGCAGUCGCCGACAGAUUUCAUCGGAUGGACCGUUCACAACAUUGAAUUGCCGAUUGCAGUUGGGACAUGGAGCGCAGAGACGGUCGAUGCGGUGACUUGGACUUGCAAGAUCAUAGAGCGGGCGGUGCGGGGCCUGCACAAUUGGCCUACAGUGGAAACUUGUAUUCCUAUUGACAGUUUCCAGGCGAAAAUCCAGGUUCGGCUGAUUGGAUAUUAUUUGACCCCGGAUAUUCGACUGGUGAGAUUGCCGAAUUUUGGGUCGUCAAUUGAGCCUCACCAAAACGCGAGCCCUCUGGCGAGUCGCCUAACAGCUCGAUAACUUCGUGCAGCGACGCAAAUCCUGGCCCGCAUUUGCUCGAACAUGUGCCACAUAAUCGGCGACCAAAUCUGUUUUUGCGGCUCGGUGACCACCAAUUCAAUGUUCACUGACGGCGGCCAGGCCCUACUCAGCGACUGGUAAUCAAUUUCGUGGGAGCUGGUGCUUGGGGGCAUGUUCCCGAUCCUUGACGUAUUUA